AUGGCCAUCAUCAGCGAGGAGGAGUACGCUUCUGUCUUCGAGGCUCUGGAGCCCAUCCUCGCAGCGCUGGGCGCCGCCGUGCGCGCCUCGGGGGAGCCCAUGGAAGGCAGCAUCCUCUACAUGCAUCACAGCCUGGAUCCGAAUCCCAAGAACCUCCCAAAGCAGCGGAACCUCUGGAGCUUGGCGGCCUCGCUGCCACUGGAGGACAGCGUGGCCGUGGAGAUCGGCUUCAACGCUGGCCAUUCCGCUCUCCUGAUGCUCUCAGCCCAUCCCAAGCUGCAGCUGAUCGCCUUCGACCUGUGUGAGCACGCCUACACGAAGCCUUGCUUCGACAUCUUAGCAGCUGCCUUCCCCGGUCGUUUGCGGCUGGUCCCUGGAAAGUCGCAGCAGACGCUGCCCAAGUGGACGGCUGACAACCCUGAAAGGGCGGAUUUGGUGCACAUCGAUGGGGACCAUGAUCCCGCCGCUGCCCGCACCGACCUGCGGAAUGCCAAGGCCCUGGCCAGAUCCGGAGCGUGGGUUGUCUUUGACGACACCUGCUUCUCGCCCUUGAAAGCAGUGUGGACCGAAACGCUGGAGUCCCAAUUGAUCGCCUUGCCAACGAGGCAGUUCUGCUUAACGAGCCGUCAUGGUAUCGCCAGAUACUCGCAGCAAUCGUGCAAGCAAGAGGACCUACUUUCUGGGCUUCGGCCAGCACUUGAGCACCGUGGGCGCAUGCGCCAUAUCCUGGUCAUGGCACCGACCGACCACGGUCAAGAUAGCCUUCUGGGCUACUUGUCUAGACACCGCUCCUGCACCGGGAAAGCUGUGUCUAAGAAGCUUCUGCCGAACACAAAGGAGCGUCACCAGAGCCAGUGGAUUUCGCUCCCUCUGCGGUUCGAACCUCCGGAUGACCUGCCCUACUUGCUGAACCUCGUGGCCCCGCAUUUUGGGGACACUCAGCAGAUCACAGACUGUUUUCCGCUCGUGGAUGGCCUUUUAGUCGUGGUGGAUUGUGCAGAAGGCUUGACUGACAAUUUCUGUACCGCCUUUGGGUCCGCAGUUGCAUGUGGGUUGCAGCCGGUCCUGUUCCUGAACAAGCUUGACAAGCUACUGGCACUGGAGCCUGACAACGAGCUUUGCUACCAGCGGCUUGCCCUGAUUCUGGACAGGCUGAACGGCAUGAUGGACGGUGUGCCAUCUUUGAAGCCUUUGACCGUGGAGGAUGGUAGCAUCGUCUUUGGACGUGGCUCCUUAAGUGUCGCGGAGUCUAUUGGUGGUUGGGGCUUCACUUUGGAGCAGUUCUUGAUGGAGAUGGCGUCUCGAAAAGACUGGAGCGCCGAGCAGGUCGAGAAGUUGCGUCCUCGCCUCUGGGGCGAUCAUUUCUACAAUGGCCGCUGGCGGGACUCCGACGGUGAGCGUGGCUUUUGCAAAUUGGUCCUUCAGCCAAUCCGAGGCAUCUACGCCACCCUCGAAGCUCCGGAGGCCGUGGGCCUGGCCCGUUUGCAGGAGCUUGGCGUCACUCCCAAGGAAGGGCUUACCGGAAAUGCCUGGAAACAGAGCGCGAUGGAAGCGUGGAUGCCCUUGGCAGACGUCUUGCUGGGAGCUGUCACUCAGCAUGUGCCGGCACCGCAGGCUCCGCCAUCCAACGCCGUCUUCUACGCGGCGCGAUGCGUUGAGUCCACCGACGGACAGUGCUUCGCCUUCGGUCGUCAGGUUUGCCCGCAGAAGCUUCGCACUGCUCAAAAUGUUCCUGAAACCUCUGCUGCUGCCUUGGCCCCCUGGUUACUCUCCCGACCGGGUGGCUGGAAGCACGUGCUUUUCCGGACCGGAGCCGUUGUGUACAGUGUGCAGAUGCCGAGCUCCAUGCGCGUCCUCGAGUUGGUGCCGCCGCCCUUCGAGACAUACCCGGAGUCCGCGCGCGAAGCGCUGCCAAUGCCGGUCAAGUCGCCUGUAAUGCCCUGUGCUCUGGGCACGUUUGACUCGUCGCUUUUAUCUUUUGAUCCAGGGCCCGGGUACGAGCAGGAGGACGAGUGGAACGAGUUCCUUGAGAAGACGGACACCUCCAAGGUCCAUGACUUUGGCAGAUACUGGUGGACCUACGGGCGGGACAGGGACGAUGACGGAGCCCUGCGCGAAGCUGUUUUCUUGGAGGUGCCCUUGAGAAGAGAUGUGGAGGCUCGCCAGAUCCGCGCCCACCUUAGCAUGAGGCAGCUGAAGCUGGUGGUGCAUGGGGACACGAUCCUGGAGGAGGAUUUUGAAGAUUGUAAGUGGUUGAAUGUCAGCGAGUCCUACUGGGAGAUCGAGGUGAAGGAAGUGAAGAAAGUCCGACGAAAGGUUUUGAGGUACGUUCUUUACAUCCUCAUGGAGUGCCCCAAGUACAUCACUCAAUACCUCUUCGAGUCCGAGAAGACGGAGGACGAUGGAAGAUAUGUCGACGAGGAGGAUGUAGAAGAAGACAACAUCGACGACCGCCUGCGGAUGAUCGCGAAGAUGAAGGAACCGGAGCCGUACAGAGAUGCGGACAUCUGGUUCAGCGAGACGGAAGAGGAAGAGGAGAGAUGGUGCGAUGGCUGCGGAUCCACCCGCGUGGUAGUGAUGAAGAAGCACACCGACGCUAAGUACAUGAAGUACUGCAACGACUGCCCCUUUGUCUCGCCGGCGAAGGAGGUGGGUCUUCCCACCGGCUUGUUGAAGCAGCGCGACAUCGAUGAGAAGCGGGCGCGGAAGAAGAGGCUGAAGGCGCGCAAGGAGGAGGCUAAGAAGCGUAUGGAGGCCCAGAAGGAAGCGAAAGAAGGGGCCCCAGACCGCAGCGAGGAGGUUCCUGAAGACUACAAGCAGGAGGAGAAGACGAAGAUUUACACGCGGGAAGAGUUCCAGGAGGUGCUAACGAAGGCUUUGAGGAAGGGAGAGAUCAAGUGGGAAGACUACUGA